CUGACGUCAGCACCCUGCAAGAGAACGAAUGAAGUAACGAAGCUCUGACUGACUGACUGACUGAGCCCCUACCGGAGACACCGGGAGGCUGUAAGCUUUGGCGGAUCCCAACGAAGACAAGUCGACGGCAAACAAUGCGAUAAGGAAGUGGAGAGCAACUGAACCGGUAACCGUGAUUUUAAAAGACGAGAGAACAAACAAAACAAAAAAACACGACAGGCGGACAGACGGACGCACAUAAAGUGGUUUUGCUACCCGGACCAAACCGAGUGGAUCCGAUAUUUAAAUGUUCUAACGGUACCCUUCGAGAGCGCUGGAGAGCAGAGAGGGAGCUGCCUAGAGAGAACGAAGGAGAGAAAGCAGGGACUUUUUAAUUGCUAUUUUUUUUUCUCCGUGGGUCCAGUUCCCGGUAACGCUUUCAAGCUGUGUUCACUAAACAUGGGAUGUACUCUGAGUGCAGAGGAGAGGGCGGCUCUGGACCGGAGCAAAGCCAUCGAGAAGAACCUCAAGGAGGACGGACUCACCGCAGCUAAAGAUGUCAAGCUGCUGCUGCUCGGGGCCGGAGAGUCAGGGAAAAGCACCAUCGUGAAACAGAUGAAGAUCAUCCACGAGGAUGGUUUCUCUGGUGAUGAUGUGAAGCAGUACAAGCCUGUUGUUUACAGCAACACUAUCCAAUCUCUGGCAGCAAUCGUCCGUGCUAUGGAUACAUUGGGACUUGAAUAUGGAGACAAAGAGCGGAAGGCGGAUGCCAAGAUGGUGUGUGAUGUGGUUAGUCGUAUGGAGGACACAGAGCCUUACUCUGCUGAACUGCUCUCCGCCAUGAUGCGUCUCUGGUCCGACUCAGGGAUCCAGGAAUGCUUCAGCCGCGCACGGGAGUACCAGCUUAACGAUUCAGCACAGUACUACCUUGACAGCCUAGAUCGGAUUGGUGCCACAGACUACCAGCCAACAGAGCAGGAUAUUCUGAGGACCAGGGUGAAGACUACAGGCAUCGUGGAGACACACUUUACCUUCAAGAACCUCCACUUUAGGCUGUUUGAUGUCGGAGGUCAGAGGUCAGAGAGGAAGAAGUGGAUCCACUGUUUUGAGGACGUCACUGCCAUCAUUUUCUGUGUCGCACUCAGCGGAUAUGACCAGGUGUUGCAUGAGGAUGAGACAACGAAUCGCAUGCAUGAGUCGCUGAUGUUGUUCGAUUCAAUUUGCAACAACAAGUUCUUUAUCGACACCUCCAUCAUCCUCUUCCUCAACAAGAAGGAUCUGUUCGCAGAGAAGAUCAAGAAGUCAGCACUUAGCAUCUGUUUCCCCGAGUACACAGGACCAAACACAUACGAGGACGCGGCAGCUUACAUCCAAGCACAGUUCGAGAGCAAGAACCGCUCCCCAAAUAAGGAAAUCUACUGUCACUUGACCUGCGCCACAGAUACAGGGAACAUCCAGGUGGUGUUUGACGCCGUGACCGACAUCAUCAUCGCCAACAACCUCAGAGGAUGUGGCUUGUACUGAGCUCGCCAUGUAACAACUCGCCUCUCAUCCCGUCCUUUCUCCUUCCUUUCCUGCUCCUUUCCUCCUCUCCUCCUCCUAUUCUUCUUCUUCCUCCUCAUUCCUCUUCCUCUGACACUGCUGUGGAAAUAAUGACGGUGACAAUGCUGAUUAUUUAGAAAAGAAAGAAUAAUGCAACUCGGUACUUAUUAAUAUUGAGGAUAAUUUAGAAAAUACUAGGACUACAUAUAUAAAUAUAUAUAUAUAUAUAAACAUAUAUAUAUGUAUAUAUAUAUAUAUAAAAUGUUUUAAGUUCUUGUCUCUUCCUCGGUCUUCUUCCCGGAUGUUCUUUGGCCUGCUGCCAAACAAACAAACGUGUUUCCAAGGCAACACAAAACUCUGCCGCCCUGAAACCAUGUCGAACAAACAUGAUCAAGUCUAAUCUCCUUUUUUCUUUUCCAGUGUUGUCUUUUGUUGCUAACGAAACAUCUUUUUUUUUUAAUUAUUAUUACCUUGAAUAUGGAUUGUGUUUUAUAUGUCUAUAUUUAUUACAUCAGCCUGUACACAUUUUUAUUCAUAUUUUGUCUCACCUGACACCUUUGUUGUGUAUUAUUUGUUUCUUGCAAUAGUAGUGUUUUAUGUAGUAACAAUUUUGAAUAAAUAUGUGAAAAUGUC